GUCUCCGACCAGGGAGACGAAAAAUGGCGCCCAAACUCACCCCGGAAACUGGAUACUAUGUGUCAGUCUAUUUUUUAAUACACUUUUUUUUUACAAAGUCUAUGCCGCCUCUCCCACGCUUAUCCCUGCGCUUCCCUGGAGAGCGCGGCGCGGUGCGGCGGGAGAGCGCGCUCCUAUCCUGCCUUGGCUUGUCUGGGGCUGGGCACGCGCGUGGGCACGCACUCGAGAAGGGCCCCGAGGCGCGUCCCCGCCGCUUGUCAGCCUCCGGCCCGGGGUUCCCUCGCCGUUCCCGGCCUUAAGUUGCAAGAAAGGGAGGGCAACAUGGCGCUCGUGCCCUGUCAGGUGCUGCGCGUCGCCAUCCUCCUCUCUUACUUCUCCAUCCUGUGCAAUUACAAGGCCAUCGAUAUGCCCGCGCACCAGACCUACGGAGGCAGCUGGAAAUUCCUGACAUUCAUUAACCUGGUUAUUCAAGCAGUCUUUUUUGGAAUCUGUGUGUUGACUGACCUGUCCAGCCUUCUGACUAAAGGAAACGACAAUCAAGAACAAGAAAGGCAGCUAAGAAAACUCAUUUCUCUCCGUGACUGGAUGAUGGCUGUCUUAGCUUUCCCAAUUGGUGUUUUUGUUGUCACAAUGUUUUGGAGCAUCUAUCUCUAUGACAGAGAACUAGUUUACCCAAAACUUCUUGAUAAUUUUAUACCAACGUGGCUAAAUCAUGGAAUGCAUACAACCGUUUUGCCUUUUAUAUUAAUUGAGAUGAGAACAACACAUCAUGAAUAUCCUAGCAAGACGUCUGGAUUGGUUGCUGUAUGCACCUUUUCUGUCAGCUACAUAUUAUGGGUCUUUUGGAUUUAUCAUGUAACAGGGGUCUGGGUAUACCCUCUCCUGGAUCACCUUGGAGCAGGUGCUAAAAUUAUCUUCUUUGCCACUGUAACUGCAAUAAUUAACAUCUUGUACUUGCUGGGUGAGGUACUGAACAACUGCAUCUGGGAUGCACAAAAAUGUGUGGAAGAAGGAAAAGAAAAACCUAAAUUGGACUGAACAAGAGAUGACAGAGUGGAAAAGAAGUUUCGCUGGUACACGGGAGGCAUCUCUGCAUCAGGAGAGGUUGCAAGAGGAAGCCAUUUACAUGAACAGUGCAUCAAGGAUACUUUUAUUCUUCUCUAAAAGGGGAUAUUGAUUCUGUGACCUGCUCCUCCUUCCUGAUGUCUAUAUCUACCCAUGAGACUACGUAUAAUGAAUAUAUCCACAAGGUUCUCAGCACACACUGUUAUCUGUUUAUCAGUGUUAAAUGUCUUUCAAGCAACAGGAGGAAGCAUGAAGCAGGUCUAUUCUACCUUGGCCUUGGAAACUGGAUCAGUGGAGAAAUAAUUUGAAAUGAUGGGGCAGCCCAUUACCAAAUCAAAGAAUAUGCUGGUGUUCAGUCAUCAGGUUGCAAGCUGUAGAUAUUGGAAACAAGGAGGGUCACCUAGACAGGGAUAGAAUUGGUCUGCAAGAGAUACCUAGACAUUCAGAACAAUAACUGCAAUCCCAGUUUUGCCCUUCACCCCUUUUAAUUAAUUAUUUUAAUCAAUUAAUAAAUUUAAUAAAUUAAAAGAAAUUAAUUAAUCAUUUUACUUUUCACGGUUCCCAAAAUAAGGUCUUAAAUAUGUGAGUUACGUUUCCACAUCCCAUUCUGUUACAGGAGGCUUAAAUCAUAAAACAGAAUAAAAACAGCAAAUAGAAAACAGAUUGAACUGCAAGAAAUGCUAAGCCAUUUUGUAAGCCAUGCUUAAAAGAUGUGUGUUCACACCCAUCCUGAGAAUGGGAACUCAUGACAUCUCUGAAGGCAGUGGAUCCCACAGUCUGCAAGCAAUGCAAGACAAAGCCCUCUCCCAUGUGGCUGUAGCUUGGGCUGCUCUCAAGACGGCCACUUGUGAAGAUCUUAACAUCCAGACAGGUUCAUAAUGAGAUAAGCUGUCCCUUCGCUGUUUUAAGCAAAUGAUGAGAGGCAGUAAGAGUUCCGCUAUUUAACAUUUACUUGGAACUGGGCAUUAUGGUCCAUAUUAAAUGCAGGAGGCAAGGACAGGGACUCUGAAUGGAAUGCUAGCAGUCGGAGAGCAUCAGAUCAGAGGAACUUUUCCAUCAGAGACGGCCCAUCUACACAAAAAACGAUGUCCACAGGGGAACCGCCACUGAAGCAGCAUGUAAUCUUGAACAUGUGAUGUCAUAAAAUACAUUUUUAUAUAUAUAGAAAAGAAAGGGACAGGUGUAGGAUAGUCUGCCAGAGCCCCAGCCUGCCCCUGGAGAAGAAUUAAUGAAGAUGUCCAUUUAUCUACUGUGAAGGCUGUGGGAAUUCUGAUUGACCUUUUAAAAACAGUUGCUGAGAGUGUUUUAAGUUUCCGAAUAUCUAUUCUGGAAUAACUGAAAAGUUACUUCCAGUUACUGUGGAGUGGGGGGGGGCGGUUUAAGCUACCCGAGGCUAGGGAAGACCAAAAAUAGCUUUUAAAUGACCCAUCACACUAGGAUUGGUCAUUUCUACUCUGUUUCCCCCACAACAUGGUGGGAAGUUAGAAUUUUUAAAAUGAGCAAAUAAGACCCUCUGAAGUCCAGAGGGAGUAUGAAAAUGAUUUUAUUUAUUUUAUUUUAAGGGGGGAACUCCAGUCUCCAAGCAUUGGUCAGCGGCUAUAAGCAAUCUGCCUCGAUUUAGGAGGCAAAACUUCACAGCUAUACAAUGCCCCAUUUCAUGCACAUUUGCAUAUGUACAUAUUUGGGACAAAAUCCAAAAUUAAGAAGUCACAAUGCACUAGAAUAUUUGUUCCAUACAACUUGAAAAUACUUUGGCUGGGACUGUCAAGUACUGGAGAAUUGCUUCCCAGGUCUUUUCUACUCUGUGAGC